AUGGAUUUGAUCUUCUCAUUGAUUAGAUCCUAUGUCUACUGGGACAUCAAAAGUUUACUGGUCUUUUUUGUAGUUUUUAUUCUCACUGCAGAUUAUGUUAAGAACAAGCGGCCGGUCAACUUUCCCCCAGGACCCAGGAUGUUUCCGAUUGUGGGCAACAUAUUUUCUGUGGAUCGCAAAAAAAUGCAUGAAAGUAUUACUGAGCUAGCACAGACGUAUGGAGAUGUAUACAGCCUGCGAAUUGGUCAGAGGUGGAUGGUGGUAAUAAAUGGAUUUGAGGUCCUGAAAGAAGCUCUAAUAACACAGGGAGACAGUUUUGCGGACCGUCCAGACCUUCCUCUGCAGGUGGACAUGUUCCAACAGCUAGGUGUAGCUUUCAGCAAUGGGAACUUAUGGAAACAGCAGAGACGUUUUACACUUUCUACCCUCAAAUAUUUUGGAUUUGGCAAGAGGUCGCUGGAACCUGUAAUUUUGGAGGAAUUCACACAUAUCACAAAAGUCAUUAGGGGCUACAAAGGUAAACCAUUCAAUCCUCACAUUUUCUUGAACAAUAUUGUCUCAAAUAUCAUCUGCUUGUUGGUCUUCGGUCAUCGUUUUGAGUAUGAUGAUGAGAAGUUCAAGAAAAUCACAAAGUUGUUUGAAAAAGGACUUCAACUUGAAGGUUCCAUUUGGACACAGCUUUAUGACUCAUUCCCUAAACUGAUGAGAUGUUUGCCAGGACCACAUCAGACAGCCCUGAACAUCUGGAAAAAUUCAAAGAACUUCAUACAUACAAAAGUUGAAGACCAUAAACAGAACUUGGAUCCCUCAGACCCAAGAGAUUACAUCGACUGUUACCUGAAUGAGAUUCAGAUGACUAAGGGACAAGCUGACUCUACAUUUGAUGAAGACAACCUGGUUGCAUGCGUCUUGGACUUAUUUGUGCCCGGCACUGAGACCACCGCCACCACCCUGCGUUGGGCAUUCCUCUACAUGGCAAAGUACCCCGAGAUCCAGGAAAAGGUUCAGGCUGAGAUAGAUCUGGUAAUUGGUCUGUCCAGACAACCAUCUAUGGAGGAUCGAGUAAACAUGCCCUACACUGAUGCUGUCAUCCAUGAGAUCAUGAGAAUGGCAAACAUAGUUCCCCUGAACCUGCCCCAUGCAACCUCCAGGGAGGUCCAGCUGAGAGGAUAUACAAUCCCAAAGGGUAUGACAGUAAUAACCAACUUGACCUCUGUGUUGUUUGACAAGAAUGAGUGGGAGACGCCCCACACAUUUAACCCAGGACACUUUCUGAAUGAGGAGGGCAAGUUUGUGAAGCGAGCUGCUUUCAUCCCUUUCUCUGCUGGUAAGCGGGUGUGUCUUGGUGAGAAUCUAGCCAGAAUGGAGCUUUUCCUCUUCUUCACCUCCUUCAUGCAGCACUACACGUUUGCCAUGCCUGCGGGGGUGAAACCUGUUCUGGACUACAGCUUUGGACUCAUUUUGCCACCUCUAGAUUAUGAAAUCUGUGCAAUUCCACGUCAAAAAUAG